CUGAUCUACGCCAUGGGAGGCUUCGACGGACGCGUGCGCACAAACACAGUCGAGCGGUACGACGUCAAGGCAAACCAGUGGUCCAUGGUGGCCAACAUGAACAUCGUCCGCAGUGACGCCAGCGCCGCGGCAGCUGGAGGACGCAUCUACAUCGUGGGAGGCUUCACGGGUCGCGAGGUCCUGGACUCCGUAGAGUGUUACGACCCAUCUACCAACGUCUGGAUCCGGGUGCUAACCAUGUCCUCGCCCCGCAGCGGCGUCAAGGUGGUCGCCCACAAGGACACGCUGUACAUCAUCGGCGGGUACAACGGCAUCGCUAGGUUAUCCUCCAUGGAGCAGCUCGACGUGAGGAAAUCUCGGUUCUCAGAGUUGCCCAGUAUGCCCCACGCCAAGAGCAACUUUGCCGCCGUCGUGCUGGAAGGAUCCAUCUAUACCGUUGGAGGAUUCAAUGGACUGACGACUGUGCCGCUGGUUGAGCGCUACGACAUUGCCGCCCGAAACUGGCACACGGCACCUGAGAUCGCCAUGAACUGCAGUGCGUCAGCAGCCUGCAUCGUUCACGACGUCGCCAAUCCUGCCUCGUGGAUAUAGGCCUCCACCACGUAUCGGUCAUGCAUCAUGGAACAUCAUGGAACACCUCGCCUGAUCCUGACGACCGGCAAGACUGCCGUCGUCUUCCGACGUUCGAUGUGCGACGAAGCGCGACGUUCGAUGUGCCUCAAGCAAGCGCGGAGUUUGUCAAUUUGCCACGGAAGGAAAAAUGGCGCAAGGAAGC